AUGUCACCACCCGUGACCAAUUAUGGGCAUGCAGAUGACGUUUUUGCCUCAGCGGUUCCGCCAUCCAUGGUAGAGCAGGAGGCGGCGACCUCGAUUCAGCAAGAGAAUGACGGAGGUCUGCAAGCCUUCUACCCGGUUGCACACACUUCACCGCAUGGUCCGAGAAUGAGUCUACCUCAGCGGCGGCCGCCAGAUCCGCCCAACGCGCCUUAUGUGACUGGACCUCCCCAGACUGACCAGCAAGCAUUGUCCUCGGCGGGAUUGGGCAUGCAUCCGUUCCUUCCAGUCACUGUGACGUUGGAGUCUUCGUUACCGGAGAUUGAGAUCAAGCAAUCACGGCCCAAGCCGCAAUGCUGGGACCACGGCUGUAACGGGAGACAAUUUAAGAGAAAAGAGUGGGAGCGCGAUGAAGGCGGUAUGCCCACACUGUGGCACGGAAUUCACACGGACGACAGCGCGGAAUGGGCAUAUGACGGGUGGCAAGUGUAA